CGGGUGGAGAGAUGUUAGGUUGUUUUGUUCUGGAUACUAUCCCGAGGUUUUGGUGAUGGAUCCGUUCAGUUUGGAAGUGCUGUUUACCCUGAGCUCCCGCGUCAAUCCAGAUUGGAUUAGUGCCUUGCACGUUUUGCGGCCGGCCAAACGGAAAGGUCGGUUCUACGUGCAUACAAACGAUGUUGUAUUGGCUCUGACGACCACGGGCACAGUCAAAGUGUGGACGCUUCUGGGACACGAGAAUCGAAACAGCGAACCUCUGUACGAACAUGAAAGCAAACAGAUCCGCUGCUUAAAUGCACUCGCAAUGACUUGCUGCCCUUAUAAUCAGAGAACAGUGCUCAUUGUAUGCUCCAAAUAUUGGCAGAUAUUUGAUGCCGGUGAUUUCUCGGUUCUUUGCUCGAUAACGGCUCCUCGUGGCGAACGUUGGAUGGCAGGCGACUUUUUAGCCGCCGACAGAGUCAUUUUGUGGAGUGACGAAGGUCAUGGAUAUCUGUACAAACUUCCAGCAAAGGUUCUGGUACAACUUGACAGCAAGCUGAAGGGCAAGGCUCUCAGCAGUAGCGUCGCAGAUAACAAGAACUUCCACAGCGCUGGUGUUGAAUACGAUCAGCCGUAUUUGUACUGUACCUUAACGCAACCCGGAGAUAAGCCUCUUUCAUGUCCACCGGCCAUGCGAUUGGUGACUGUACAGCGUCAAAAUAAGACCCUGAAAUACUUGUUACGUGGAGACAGCGAGGGUGUUGUUAUUCUCUGGACGGUGCCAGAAAUGACGACGCAACAGCUUACCCAAGUAUCCCAAAAUGACGGAUCCACACCAGCAUUGCCGCCGACCGUAAAGACGAGCCUCACCGCUGCUUGGGGUGCGAUGAAGCCGCCUCCCGUGGGGAUACUUGAUCAACUGGAUUCCGGUGAUGGUCAGGGUAUCAAACUUACCGCUUGCAUAUAUCUGCCGCAGCAGAGCCGGCUGGUUGUCGGUCGCGAGGAUGGUAGCAUCAUCAUCGUACCGGCAACGCAAACCGUGAUGCUGCAACUGCUCCAUGGGAAUCAUCAACAAUACGAUGAUUGGCCACCACAUCAAGUUCUUUUGGGUCACUCGGGUCGAGUGAAUUGUCUGCUUUAUCCUCACGGCGCGGCGCCUCGUUACGAUCGUACUCAUCUCGUUUCCGGUUCUGUGGACUUUGCCGUCUGUCUCUGGGAUCUAUACGCUGGCACACUGAUCCACCGAUUUUGCGUUCACGCCGGCGAAAUCACACAAUUGAUGGUGCCGCCCGAUAAUUGCAGUCCCAGGAUACAGAAAUGCGUAUGUAGUGUUGCAUCAGACCACAGCGUUACAUUACUUUCAUUGGCCGAGAGGAAAUGCGUUGUGCUUGCUUCGCGACAUCUUUUCCCAGUUGUAACUAUCAAAUGGAGACCAUUGGACGAUUUCAUGAUAGUUGGAUGCUCGGACGGUGCGGUAUACGUCUGGCAAAUGGAGACUGGUCAUUUGGAUCGCGUAUUGCACGGCAUUAUCGCGGAAGAAGUGCUCUAUGCAUGCGACGAGAACACUAUAGCGGCGGCCGGCGGAUCUGCCGCCGGCGGUGAGCUAGGACUUGCUAAUCCUGCCGUGCAUUUCUUUAGGGGUUUGCGUCAUCGAAAUCUGUCGGCGAUCAGACACGCGACUCAAAGAGGACUGCAUCAAUUACAACAGCUUCACGGUGGUCAUGGUCCUGAUCAUGGAAAUCAGAUAAAAGCUAAAGGUUCGCCACUGAUGAUUCAAGGUUUCAGAAGUAAUCCCAAGGAUCCGGAGAGUCAUAUUUUGUUCUUCGAUAUAGAAGCAUUGAUAGUGCAAUUGCUAAGUGACGAGUAUGGUGCCAUGUCGCCUGGUUCUUUAGAAGCACAAGGACUUAUCUCCGCCGCUGAAUAUCAGAAAGUUGCAGCGCUUACUCAGUCUGCCAGUCCUGAUGCACAUAAAAAAAUUGUUGACUUUUUCGGUCGCGUCAAGGAUAAAGCAGGCGAUGUUGAGCGAAUAUUAAAGGAGAAGGAUCGUCAUGGUAUAUUGGCUAAGAUGAAGGAGGGUGCAGAGAAUGUGCAUACUAAAUUACAGGCUAAAGCGGAAAGCGUCGGCCUCAAGCCGUCGACAUUUGACGGCAAAGGCGAUAAUUGGAAUAAUAUUGAUGCAACGAAGAACAGUUUGAAACGAAACGGUGCAUUCAGUGAACCAAAUGCAACAAUGGAAGUAGCACAAUUACUUUUGAGUCUUUUGCAUGCUUGGGGUAUGGAUCCAGACUUGGAUCGGGUUUGUGAGGGCAAAUUGGGUCUACUACGGCCUAUGGUUCCUGUAUCAUUUGGAGUGUUAUCCAAGGGAGGUUACAUGUCAUUGCUACUGCCAACUUGGCAAACACAUCUUGAACCGGUCGGUGAACCUGCAACUCAAUUGGAACAACGCUUACCAGCUGAACUAGUUAGACAAGAGAGGCUCACUAGAGCAUUCACGGCGAGAGCACAUUGGGAAUUAUCGACUACUUUAACAAGUAAUCAUUUAUUGGCAGUAAUUGCUUUAGCAAAUACCUUAAUGUCAAUGAACAACGCAACAUUUGUACCUGAGCAAGAACGUAAUCGCAAGCUGCACAGACCAGGCAAUAGAGCCGCAGUAAACUGGAAUAAAACAGAAGAGGAGAAUGAGGAAAUGUAUACAGUACAGCAGGCGCAAAUAAAGCAGGGUUGGUCUCUUCUGGCUACAUUACACUGUGUAUUGUUACCCGACAAAGUCGCAGCGCAGGGUGGUGCGAAGACUUUCAAACGGCCGCAAGUAGAGAUGAUGGCACGCAGGUGGCAACAUCAGUGUGUGGAGAUUCGAGAAGCUGCGCAGGCUUUGCUGCUCGCCGAACUAGGCCGAAUGGGCUCAAAGGGUCGUAAAGCGCUUGUCGAUAACUGGUCUCAAUAUUUGCCAAUGUACAGUACUCAGGAACCCAUUGCGCCGCAACCGCAAAAUCAAAAUUCGCCGGCGCCUGGAAGCCCGGUGCCACAAUCCGAAUCACAACCUGAAGAAGAAGACGAAGAAGAAGAAUUAGCUGAAGCAGAGAUGAGUAUAGCUAGGAAACCAUCGAGUGUGGCAGAACUAAAGCGAAAGCAAACCACGGCUGUGGUGCUGCUGGGCGUGAUAGGAGCUGAAUUUGGUCAGGAUGUAACCACAACGAACCAAAGAAGAGACAAUGAGCAGAGGCGAAAGAGCUCGAUUGUGGAAGGCUUUGGCAUAGGAAAUAAUAAUCUUGCCAGGCAUACCAGCAUGGCGCUCACUCAUCUAUUGCAUGCACCUCAUUCUCCAAAGCUCCCAUUGCACACACCACUACGAAGAGCCGCCAUCGAUCUUAUUGGCAGAGGAUUCACUGUCUGGGAACCCUAUCUCGAUGUAUCUAAGGUUCUAUUAGGGUUACUAGAGAUGUGUUGUGACGCAGAUAAGUUAGUGCCAAGUUUGACAUACGGCCUUCCUCUUACACCACAAGCCGACACUUGUCGCACGUCGCGUCAUGCUUUGACGUUGAUAGCUACCGCCAGGCCAGCUGCUUUCAUCACCACAAUGGCUCGUGAAGUAGCUAGGUUUAACACUCUCCAGCAGAAUGCUCAGACUUUAAACGUUAAUUUGGGUGCAAGCGUUUUGACUAGAGCAAAACCAGAGAUUCUCAGGAUUGUUGAACAACUGAUUGACAAAAUGCAGAGCGAGAUGAGUGAUCUUCUUGUGGAGGUCAUGGAUAUUAUUCUACAUUGUCUUGAUCCAGGUCACCUAAAAAUGAAACCCUUGAAUGAAGUAUUUCCGGCAGUGUGUAGAUUUAAUCAAGUUAGUCAUUGUCCAGCAACACGCAGGAUAGCAGUUGGUGGUCGCGGUGGUCAAUUGGCAUUGUAUGAAUUGCGAGGUAAUGUCAAAUGUCAAACUGUUUCGGCACAUUCGGCGCCUGUUACCGCGUUGGCAUUUUCACCAGAAGGAAAGUUCCUCGUCAGUUAUUCCUGUUCUGAAAACAAGCUUUGUUUCUGGCAGCAAACCAGCAGCGGUAUGUUCGGCCUGGGUAAUUCGCAGACUCGCUGUGUGAAGUCCUACAGUACUGCGCCCAUCAACGAUGUGGCCCGAUUGAACCCUAUGCGCUUAGCGCGGCUAAUCUGGAUCAACAAUCGCACGGUCACCUUAAUGCUCGCCGAUGGCUCAGAGACGCGCUUCAAUGUUUGAACGCCAUGCGAAAUCAGAGUCUGCCGGAGUUAUCAACAACUUCAUUCAGCAAGCAAAAGCGUUCAGCUUAUAUUUGUCAUUCAGCGUCGAUUGCAUCGAUCGAGCCUUAUUUGUACAAUGCUUCUUCGUUAGCAGAUCUUUUUUUUACAAAAGUACUAAGGACAGUUAACACAAUAUAAGAUGAUUGACAAUAUUAUCUAAGGAACAAGAUAAUUUAAUAGCAUUAGAGAAUGUCUUUUUAUGCUGAUAGAUUCUUUGAAAAGAGUUUUAUAGAGCUGAUUUAUGAAGCUAAUAGAAAAGAAAUAAUUUCAUAUGUGUAUAUCAAACUUAAAAAAAUAUAUUGGGGGGUUUAAUAUUAAUUUAAAAAGAACACUGUACAAUCCAGGCUUCAAUGCUAAUCGUAUUAGAUUUCCUUCUUUUGUUUCUACAGUAUUGAUAAAAAUAUAAUUUAAACAGUUAGCUGAUCGAAGCUGUUGGCGCAAUUUUAGUCGAAAUAAUUUGUCAAUACAUCAACCAAGAGCACUGUUGCCGAUUUUGGCACGCUCAUUGGUACUUAAUUGAUAAUGCUAGUAAUGAGUAAUUGGAUUUCACUGUGUUUCAUUAGAUACAUUACCGUUGCGUACGACUGUCCUAUUUUAUAAUCUAUCUA